CCCCCAACCACUGCAAUUUAUUUAAAUUUUUCUUACGGGAAUGGAAAACUGCUGGGACGGAAAAAAAACGCUGUGUGCUCUAAAACAAAAGAUUAACGUUGUGGACAAACGGGGCCUGUCGGAUGUUGGGGGGGUGUAAACGUAGUCCCGGCGAGGGGGUCAUGACCCCGGACGUCAGCAGCAGGCGCGCAGUUCAGUUUGGCGGUCUCGGAUCUGCAGUCAAACUGGGGCGUGAUGUGGUCCCGAAUGAACCGAGCUGCCGAGGAGUUUUACUCUCGUCUCCUGCAGGAGUUUGAUGAAGAAAAGAAAGGAAUCCAUAAAGAUCCAUUUAUCUAUGAGGCUGAUGUUCAAGUGCAGUUGAUCAGCAAAGGCCAACCAAACCCUUUAAAAAAUAUUCUAAAUGAAAAUGAUGUAGUAUUCAUCAUGGAGAAACUGCCUUUGGACAAGGAAGAAACAAGUCAUGUUGAAGAACCACAAUGUGAAGAAACGGUUAUUUCUGAUUUCUCUACUGGGGAGAAUGUCGGACCACUUGCUUUACCAGUUGGGAGAGCAAGGCAGUUAAUUGGACUUUACACCAUGGCUCACAAUCCUAAUAUGACCCACUUGAAGAUUAAUCAUCCAGUUACUGCCCUUCCUCCCCUGUGGGUAAGGUGUGACAGUUCAGAUCCUGAAGGGACCUGUUGGCUGGGAGCUGAGCUUGUCACCACAAAUAACAGCAUUACAGGAAUUGUCUUAUAUACAGUCAGUUGUAAAGCUGAUAAAAAUUACUCUGUAAAUCUUGAAGACCUGAAAAGUUCACAUAAGAAAAGACAUCACUUAUCUACGGUAACAGCCAGGGGCUCCGCCCAGUAUGAGCUCUUUAAGUCCACAGCCUUGGAUGACACACUUGCUGCAUCACAAACUACAAUCACUUUGGAUAUUUCCUGGAGUCCUGUGGAUGAGAUUCUUCAAACCCCCCCACUUUCUUCAACUGCAACUCUGAAUAUUAAAGUGGAAUCAGGAGAGCCCAGAGGUCCUUUGAAUCAUCUUCAAAGACAACUGAAAUUUCUCCUUGUUUUGGCUGAUGGUUUGCGGACUGGUGUAACCGAAUGGCCUGAGCCUCUGGAAGUAAAAUCUGCUGUUGAACUUGUGCAGGAAUUUCUGAAUGACUUAAAUAAGCUGGAUGGAUUUGGUGAUCCUACAAAAAAAGACGCAGAGACGGUGAAGCAUGACAGUGCUGCGGUUGACCGCUCCAUCGAGUGUCUCUUCACAGUACGGGGGGAUCUGGAUUUUGCUGAGCAGCUGUGGUUCAAAAUGAGUGGUAGUGUGAUUUCAUACCAAGACUUGGUGAAGUGUUUCACACUGAUCAUCCAGAGUCUACAACGUGGUGAUAUACAACCGUGGCUCCAUAGUGGGAGUAACAGUUUACUAAGUAAGCUGAUUCAUCAGUCUUAUCAUGGAACCAUGGACACAGUUGCUCUCAGUGGGACUAUUCCAGUCAAGAUGCUUUUGGAAAUUGGUCUGGACAAACUAAAGAAGGAUUAUAUCAGUUUUUUCAUAGGUCAGGAACUUGCAUCUUUGAAUCAUUUGGAAUAUUUCAUUACUCCAUCAGUAGAUAUACAAGAACAGGUGUAUCGUGUUCAAAAACUCCACCAUAUUCUAGAAAUAUUAGUCAGUUGCAUGCUUUUCAUUAAGCCCCAGCACGAGCUCCUCUUUGCUUUAACACAAUCCUGCAUAAAAUACUACAAACAAAAUCCUCUUGAUGAGCAACACAUUUUUCAGCUGCCAGUCAGACCAACUGCUGUAAAAAGCUUAUAUCAAAGUGAGAAGCCGCAGAAAUGGCAAGUGGAAAUAAGUGGUGGUCACAAGAAGGUGAAAACAGUUUGGCAGCUGAGUGACAGCACACCUGUAGACCAUCUGAGCUUUCACAAAUCUGAUGUUUCUGAGUUAACAUUGAAUGGUAGCCUGGAAGAAAGGAUGUCCUUUACUAACCUGGUUACCUGCAGCCAGGUGCAUUUCAAGUGAAGUCGGCUGAUGGAGUCCUCUGUAAGGU